AUGGAGGCGUCCUCUGUGCUUCUCUGCCAGGGGCGUACCCCUUGGCAGGGCUUCCUGCUCACAGCCUCCCUCUUAACCUGCUGGUUUCUGCCCACCACUGCCCAAGUUGCCAUCGAACCCUUACCUUCCCAAGUGGUUGAAGGAGAAAAUGUUCUUCUACGUGUUAACAAUCUGCCAGAGAAUCUUCUAGCCUUUGUCUGGUAUAGAGGGGUGACAAAUAUGAGUCUCGGAAUUGCACUGUAUUCACUGACCUACAGCGUAACUGUGACGGGGCCCACGCACAGCGACAGAGAGACGUUGUACAGCAAUGGGUCCCUGUGGAUCCACAAUGUCACCCAGAAGGACACAGGAUUCUACACUUUUCGAACCAUAAGUAAACGUGGAGAAAUUGUAUCAAAUACAACAGUGCAUCUUCAAGUGUACUCAUCUCUUUGGACAUGUGAGCACCCUUCUCCCUAUGCCAAGCUCACCAUUGAAUCAGUGCCACCCAGAAUUGCUGAAGGGGAAAAUGUUCUUCUAUGGGUUCAAAAUCUCCCAAAAAAUCUUCUAUCCCUUUUCUGGUACAAAGGGGUGAUUGCAGUGAGGAAAUUUGAGGUUGUCAAAUAUAUUAAAGCCACAAAUUCAAGUGUUCCAGGGCCUGCACACAGUGGUCGAGAGACAGUAGACAGCAAUGGAUCUCUGCUGCUCAAGAAGGUCACACAGAAUGAUAGUGGAUUCUAUACUCUACGAACUAUGAGUACAGAUCUGAAAGAUGAAGUAGCACAUGUGCAACUCUACGUGGAUAGCUUUGUUUCAAACUUCAACGACUCUCCCUCCACUGCAAAACUCAGCAUAGAAUCAGUGCCACCCAGCAUUGCUGAAGGUGAAAGUGUUCUUCUACAGGUUCACAAUCUCCCAAAAAACCUUCUAUCCCUUUUCUGGUACAAAGGGAUGAUUGCAGAGAAGAAAUCUGAGCUAAUCCAACACAUAAUAGCCACAAGUUCAAGUAUUCCAGGGCCUGCAUACAGUGGUCGAGAAACAGUGUACAGCAAUGGAUCUCUGCUGCUCCAGAAGGUCACACCGAAUGAUAGUGGAUUCUAUACUCUACAAACUAUGAGUACAGAUGUGAAUAAUGAAGUGGCACAUGUGCAACUCCAACUGAACACCUCCACUUGCUGUAACCUUCUCACCUCUGACCAACUCAGGAUUGAACCGAUGCCUCAGAAUGCUGCUGUGGGGAAAAGUGUUCUUCUUCUCAUUUAUAAUGUACCAGAAGACAUUCAGACACUUUUCUGGUACAAAUCGGUGUAUAGGACGGAUAUAUUUAAAAUUGCAGAAUAUAGCAGAGCCAUGGAAUCCACUAUCUGGGGGCUUGCACACAGCGGAAGAGAGAUGGUAUACAAGAAUGGAUCCCUGAUGAUCCAGAAUGUCACUGAAAAUGAUGCAGGAUUGUAUAUGUUAGAAAUUUUACACAAGGACUUCAAACUUGAGAGAGCACAUGUGCAAGUCCAUGUAAAUAACCCUGUUUCAUGGCCCUUUGUGAGAGUCACUGAAACCACAGUCAGAGUCCAGAGCUCAGUGGUCUUCACUUGCUUCUCAGCUGACCCUGGAAUCUCCAUCCAUUGGCUAUUCAAUAAGCAGAGUCUGCAGCUCACAGAGAGGAUGACACUUUCCCCGUCAAAGUGCCAACUCAGCAUAGAUCCUGUCAGGAAGGAGGAUGCUGGAGAGUAUCAAUGUGAGGUCUCCAACCCAGUCAGUUCAAAGACCAGUCUCCCAGUCAGCCUGACUGUGAUGGAAGUGGAAGAUUUGGUCAACAUGGAGAUCCCAGUGGCUAGAGCAGACACCCAGCUGGUCUGCUCCCCUGUGGAAGCUGUGUCUGGAGACAUCCUGGAGAGGCCACUGCCCUUAGAGCUGCAGUCUGGUGAACUGAGACAUAAUGAGAGGAAAGGGGAGAAAGCACGGGAGCUGAAGCUUUUCACAGAGCAGGUGGCAGAGGUCAUGAUGGACUCUGUUGUAGUUUCCUGUAAAGACUAUACCUCCUGGCAGGGGCUCUUGCUCACAGUUUCCCUUUUAACCUGCUGGCUGCUUCCCACUACUACUCAGCUCAUCAUUGAAUCAGUGCCUCCCAUUGCUGUUGAAGGGGAAAAUGUUCUUUUGUUAGUGCAUAAUUUGCCAAAGAAGGUUAACGCCCUUUCCUGGUACAUAGGAGAUAAAGUGCUCAAGAGUUGUGAAAUUGCAAGACAUACGAUAGCUACCAAUUCUAGUGUGGUGGGACUUGCACACAGUGGUAGAGAGACAGUACUCAACAAUGGAUCUCUGCUGAUUAAAAGUGUCACCAGAAAAGACUCAGGAUACUACACUCUGGAAAUACUUGAUUCAGCCUCAAGACUUGAAAUAAUACAUGCAGAAUUCUUUGUACACAAGCCUGUGACACAGCCCUUCAUGCGAGUCAUUGACACAACAGUCAGAGUUCAGAGCUCAGUGGUCUUCACAUGCUUCUCAUUUCGGAUCUCCAUCUGUUGGCUCUUCAAUGAUCAAAGUGUGGAGCUCAGAGAAAGGAUCACACUUUCCCUAUCAAAGUGCCAACUCAGGAUACACACUGUCAGGAAGGAGGAUGCUGGAAAGUAUUAAUGUGAGGCCUUCAACCUUGUCAGUACGAAGACCAGUCUCCCCAUCAGCCAGGCUGUGAUGAAUGAGUGA